AUGCUUGACGACGUCAACGACCGCGCCAACACCAUUGCGGUGCUGCCGCUGCUCGAAACCAGCCGCCACCGCACCAGCGCCGCAAUCUGGACCUCGACCGUCAACCUGAUCCACGCCAUCGUCCAGGGCGCACAGCCAGACGAGCCCAUCGUCACCGGCUCUUCCGUCAAAAGACACGGUGACGACGACGACGACGACGAGGAUGACGACGACGAGGAUGACGAUGGUGCCAGCUCGUUUGUCUACGCUGCCCCCGCCGCGCUCGCGUCCGACGGGUCAGCAUCGGCAGCACCGCACCACCACCAGCAGCAGGACGGCAUCUCGGUGGCCUGGCACAUCUCGAACCGCUACUACGACGCCGAUGUACAGGUCCGAGGCUUGAGGCCAGAAGAAGUGGCCUCCGUCGUGCAGUGUAGAAAGCCCCGCGGCCUGGGCAGCCAGAGGCGUCCCCAGGCCGGUACAGGCGACGUCUUUGAUGCGCUCGCCCAGCAACGUGCUUCAGUCGAAGUCGGACCUUCUUCGUCGACGCCGAUGCCCUCAUCCGGCGAGGAUGCCAACGACCGUCUGGCGCAAAGGCUGCGAGGUGUCCCGGCCCUCGUCCUCGUCGUCGACUCCUCCGCUUCCCUGUCGACCCACAAGAGGAUCCUGGCUGGGCUUUCGGCCGUGGCGGAUCCAGACCGAACAACAGGCGACGAGGACGAGGAGGGUGCGGGGAUAUCGGGCUUCGGCCUUGGCGUCUCGCUCGUUGUUGGCCUUCCGACACCUCGACCGCUCGACGUCGAUGCCGACGCGGGGCAGGCUUCCACCUCUGGCCCCAAGGACCGAGGUCUGGCCGCAUCUCGGGACGAUCUCGUGGAGCUCUACGCCACCGACGGGUGGGAGUACGUCGAUCUGGGCGUGGACGGCACUGGAUCCGAUUCAUUCAGCGACGAUGGAACCGACAGCGGAAGCGAUGGCGAGGAAGGCCAGGAGGCCGAGGGCAUCGAGAGGGUGCGCGAGGCCCUCAUGACCCACCCCUGGCCCGGCCUCAUGCGCAAGGACGAAGCACAGGGGCGCGCGAUGCGCCGACUCGACCAAGAAGCAGACGGAGGCGCAACACUCUUCGCCCCAUCGACUGGGCUUGCCACCGGCAGCUUUUCGGACUGGCGCCCUCGUCGUGACGAGGAGCGCGAGGCCGACGACGACGACAACGACGGCGCCGGAUUCGAAGACGGUGCCGGGCUCAGAGCACCGUCGGACCCCUCUGUCGCACCGCGCUUUCCCUCGCUGGGCCUCGAGGAGCACGCGACGCCCGACGAGGUCGACGAGGCACUGGCUCGAGCGUUCCUUGCGCGCCUCGAGCACGGCUUCUCCUUGCACCCUGUGACGGGCGAGGGCGAGGGCGAGGGCGAGGGCGAGGGCGGGGCUGGGGCAGACGGCAAGAUGGACCUGCCGCUACCCACGAACCCUCGCGCCUUGGAAGAGCUCGAGGCGUUCCUCGAGAGCGAGGAUCCAGCCUGGCCCUCGUCUUCCUCCUCCUUCUCCGCCUCGGCCUCUGCAGCAAACGACCAGUCGGGAUCCAAAACGGCGGCGGCGGCGGCGGCGGCGGGGGCAGUGCAACCGAACCCAGCUGGCCGUCGGCGGACGGCGCAGUCGGGAGGCACGUGGGGACGUUCGUCGAUCCCACCCGCACCGACUGGUGAGCAGCAAGAGCAACAGCAGCAGCAGCAGCACGAGGCAGUAGUGGCGACGACGUUCGAUGACGACUUUGACGAUUUCGUCGCGGCCGCCACGCCUGCCGCUGCCCCUCCUCGAUCUUCGGGUACCGACGUCGACGGCGGGCGGGGUGUCGGUCAAGCUUUGUCCGACUCGCGUUUCAGCGACGACUUUGACGACUUUGACGACUUCGACGACGGUGCACUCGGUCUGAAUGCAGCGACGAGGCUGGAUAUGGGCCCGCUCGGCUUCGGAGGCUUCGAUACGAACGCGAUGGCGGCAGCGUCAGACGAGGAGGGCACACACGAUCUCUCGGCCCAGUUCCGCACCCUCCAGAUGCACGCCGAGAGGAUGGGCGGCGAGGAGGGCGGGGGCGGGAUGCACUUCUGA